GACAGGACCCCAAGCCAAAUCAGGCUGAAGCAGAGGAGGUGUGCUCAAGCUGUCCUAACUUAGCCUUAUUUCAUUUGAGCCAUUAACUACAAGUUCAGCUAAUAAUGCGUACGGCUUUGUUAAACCGUCAACAAAACUAAGGUCGUUUUAAGGGAUAAUCUACGAUGGCUACUACUGAAAAUACAGAUUCAGGUUUGGCAGAUCACAAAGCGGAUCAUCAUGGGUGUGCUGACUCUGACGCUAAGUACCCCUUCAAAGUCCUCUACUGUGGAGUGUGCUCCUUGCCAACAGAGUAUUGUGAGUAUAUGCCUGAGCCAGCCAAAUGCAGACAGUGGCUGGAGAAGAAUUUCCCAGAUGUGUUCGCCCGGAUGAGCGUUGGUCCGGCAGGAAACGCUCCCAAGCCAGAUCCAGGAAGUGGAGAGUCUCCCCCUGUAGGCGAGGAGGAGGAGAAGAAGAAACAGAAGAGAGGUGGUAGAGGUCAGAUUAAACAGAAGAAGAAGACUGUCCCCCAGAAGGUGACGAUAGCGAAAAUCCCACGAGCUAAAAAGAAAUAUGUCACACGGGUGUGUGGCCUGGCUACCUUUGACAUUGACCUUAAAGAGGCUCAGAGAUUCUUUGCCCAAAAGUUCUCCUGUGGUGCCUCAGUGACAGCAGAGGAUGAAAUCAUCAUUCAGGGAGAUUUUACAGACGACAUCAUCGAUGUCAUUCAAGAGAAAUGGCCUGAGGUGGAUGACGAAAGCAUUGAUGACCUGGGAGAAGUCAAGAAGUAAAGACCCAAUGUGCACUUUGACCGAACCGGGUGCAAAAUGUAACACCAACUUGGCCAAAUGUACACAUUAACAUUAAAAGAAGUUGUUUUAUAUCUAUUUUAUUUACUGUAUAGAAACUGGUCUUGGCCACUCCUUUGGCAUUCUCAGUUCUUGAUAGCUGCUUUCUCUCUUGGUUGCCAAAGGUCUGGUAUGAUGUGAAUUCCUAUCAAACGCAUUUCACUCAAGCAAGCUGUAGUAUGGUAAUAAAUUUCGGUCUCAUUCACCUGUU